ACAAAUACUUCACAAAUACUUCACAAAUACUUCACAAAUACUUCACAAAUACUUCACAAAUAUUUCACAAAUACUUCACAAACAUUUCGCGCACAUUUUCACAUUUGCUAUGUGCCUGUACAUUUUGGUUGCAUGUGGGAGCGCGAAAAAAGGGGCGACCUCUUCGCCGAGGGACUUUACCCCUUCUAUGCGCAUCACCGGAACGGCUAGAACUUUCUCCCUUUCGCUCGCCUAAACCGGCGGGGCGCUUCCCGAGCAAAUGGACCCCUUCCUUUGGAGAGUCCCUCCGCUGGGCAGCAACAAAACAGCGGUUCGUGCGUAGGAAUGGCUUUCUUUUUUGCAAGGGGCAAAACGGUUGCUAGCCACCCCGGUUUUUCACCUCCCCCUCUCUAUGACCAAAGGGGGGGGCACCUCUCUAUUUCGAUACACCUGAGUUGGGUACCUUCACAUCUUUUUUUUUUUUUGAGAAGAACGAAUUUGUUAAUUUGUGUAGGGUGACCUUCGGAAGAGAAGCGGGUAUAUCUACCCGCCGCUCACUCCGUUGUUGGCGCCGCCCCUCCACCAUUUUUUCCCCCCCUUUUGCAACAUGGUAAGUGACUGCAUCUCAGGGGGGGGCACCACCCUGGCGCAACCACCCAAGUACAUCCUCGGGCUGGAGGGAAGUGCAAACAAAUUAGGGGUCAGCAUAAUAAACAGCAACUUUGAAAUUCUGGUGAACAUGAGGAGAACGUAUAUCUCCGAAAUAGGCUGCGGAUUUAUCCCCAGACAAAUUAACGCUCACCAUAAAUACUACAUCAUCGAAAUGAUUAAGGACUGUCUCACCAAGCUGAAGAUAAAGAUAACGGAUGUACAUUUAAUAUGCUAUACGAAAGGGCCAGGCAUUGGCUCCGCCCUCUACAUUGCCUACAACAUAAGCAAAUUCUUUUCCCUCCUCUUUAACAUCCCCGUGAUUGGAGUCAACCACUGCAUAGCCCACAUCGAAAUGGGCAUCUUCAUAACAAAGCUUUAUCACCCCAUCAUUUUAUACGUCAGCGGAAGCAACACACAAAUUAUUUAUUUUAAUGAUCACAAGAAGAGGUACGAAAUUAUAGGAGAGACUUUGGACAUUGCCAUUGGGAAUGUCAUCGAUCGGUCCGCCAGGAUUCUCCGAAUUUCAAAUUCGCCUUCUCCGGGGUAUAACGUGGAAAUAUUGGCCAGGAAGAAGUAUCUGCUAAAUUUGGAGAAAAAAAAAAAAAAAAAAAACGCCCCAAUAGGUGGGUCAUUUGCGGGGGGGGAACCGCAUGGUGGCAGCGCUGCAAAUGAGCCCAACACGCCCAGAACGCACGACAAACCAGUGAGGGCGGACCCCUGUGACUACACCGAGUUGCUCUUCUUCCCCUACACCAUAAAGGGGAUGGACAUCUCCUUCAGCGGCUACGACUACUACGUGAGCAAAUAUUUCUCCAGGUAUUUAACCAAGCGGGGCAAAAAGGGCAAGGGCGGAGAGAACGCCCCAAAGAGGAAGAAGCGGCACGAGGGGGGAGAAGCAAACGGGGGGGGCAGAAGCGAUGCGGACAGCGUCAACGGUGAGGAAGAUGACCAUGCAGAUGACGCCGCAAACAGGGGAAACCCUAUCGCAGGCGCCGCAAAUGAUGGCUCCACGCAGCAAUUUCCGCAGCCCAACUUGAGCAUUCGCGCGGGCGUGCAGGGCAGCUCCUACUACGAGGAGAACGUCGUGUGCAGCAGCGGGGGGAAGAGGAACUACGGGGAGGGCGAGCACUACGCGGAGGAGGACGACUGCGCCAUCGAGACGGAGAGCGAUUUUUUUGACUCCAGCGAGGAGCAGCCCAGCAGUGGGAGCAGCGAGGAGCAGCCGCGCAGUAGAAGCAGCGAGGAGAAGGCGCGCAGUAGAAGCACCGAAGAGCAACCACGCAAUGAAAGCAGCGAGGAGAAACCGCCCAGCGGCGGCAGCCUGACGGACGAGGAAAAGCGGAAAAUACAAAUCUGCUACAGCCUGCAGCACCACAUCUUCAGCAUGCUCAUCGAAAUCACCGAACGAGCGAUCGCCUUCACGAACAGCAAGGAGGUGAUCAUCGUGGGGGGAGUCGGCUGCAACGUCUUCCUCCAAAACAUGAUGAAGAAAAUGGCAAAGCAGAAAAACAUCAAAAUUGGAUUCAUGGACCACAGCUACUGCGUAGACAACGGCGCCAUGAUUGCCUACACGGGGUACCUGGAAUUUGCGAACACCAAAAAUAGGGAAAUCUACGGCUUUGAUAAUAUAAGUAUCCACCAGAGGUACCGCACGGACGACGUGCUCGUGACGUGGAGGUAG